AUGAACAACAAGACCAUCCCUGCAGCUCUUCCUGAGCACCUGCGUCUGCCUUCAUUUUCAAGCACAUACCCAACUAGCCUCAUUCCCGAUGAGAUGUUCUGCCACAGAUGUGCUGGAAAUGUACCUUUAUCAGACCCUCUGCUCAUCACAUCAAAGGCCAAAAUUCUUACAAAUACAAGAAUUAUCCAUGAUGUUGCCACCUACUCAAAAUGUUGCCACCAGUGUGGAAUCCACUACAGGUAUCAAGAGUGGAAGGAUGGCCUGCAUAAUUUUAAUGACAGUGUCAUUCUUGACCUCCCUUUAUGCCUACAUCUUCGAAACAUGCUACAGGUCCACACUGCUGUCGGGAGAGUGGUUCAGUGUCUGGAGGUCACUAUAGGGGAACAGUUUCCUCCAGCCAAAACAGUGAUCCAUGCCUAUCUCCAUUUUGAGGCACUCACAGGUCACGAGUAUGAAUACUCUUGUGUGACAUGUGGGGAUCAUCCACCCAUUGUCAUCAUGGAUCUCCACAGAAAAGGAGCAUUCAACAUGUCAUUGAGUGACAUCAAACCACCACCAAAGGAUUUCAAUGGACACAUGGAUAUGGAUGACUUUUGGGAUAAACUGGCCCUGCAAAUGAUUGGUCGUGGCUUUGUAAAAAAACAGAGCGACAAUCCCUUCACUGUCCACCCCAAUUACCACUGUUGGGCACCAUGGAUUGGAAGAAAUACACGCAAGUCCAGUCAAUGCCUUAACACAGAGUUCCAAAAAAUCCACCAACCCAAAGAAGCUGAGCUUUGCGAAAUAACUGUCUCUGAAGAUAAAAAUGAGCUUUAUAAGAAAAAGGUAUCAGUGAUAAGGAAACUGUGCAGGGAGUGUGGUAUUGAUGCCAUUGGCUCAAAAAGUGACCUCUUAGAGAGGCUUUCAUCUGAGAUGAAAUCUAGACAGACUUACGACAAAAGAGUCCGAGGGACUUUGCAGAUGUCCUCCUCUCAUGGAAACACAUACCCAACAUAG